ACCUUAUAGCUGUUAAAGCUGAGAGACAUCGCCUUUAAUGCGUAAACGACAAACAUUUGAUCAUUUUUAAAGUUAGGCUGAAGUAACGGUAGCACCUCAACACUAUGCUAUUCAUGCUGUUAACUCAAAUGACAACUCAACAGACUGACCCAGCAGAUAGUCGAGCGACGUGACACCGGAGGAUACGAGGAGCUGUCCGUUUUGUACCGAGGGUCUUGUGCCGGGUAUGCUUAAUAUUUUGCUGCGUGUCUUCUUCUGAAAACUCGUUGUAUUUAACGGGUUACCCUCGGUUGAGGGUUUACACGCACUGUUGACGGAGGCUGCCAUACUGCUUUGAAGCUUGAGGACUGAUUUCCGUGUUUUGGUGCCCACCGUCCAAUCACAGAGGAGUUUGGUAAAGAGUGACCAAUCACAGAAGCUGUUGUUGGGAAGAGGAAGUAGAAGUUCCACAAUGAACACAGGACAGCCGGAGCAUUGAUUCACUAUCUACUGAGGUAAGAUACUGUGAAGAUGUUUCGCCGUGUUCUCGGGAAGACCUUAGGGUUUGUUGGCUACACCAUCCAGUAUGGCUGCAUUGGACAUUGUGCCUUUGAGUACAUCGGAGAGAUUGUGGUGUGCUCCGGUCCAUCAAUGGAGCCCACUAUAGUGAACAAAGAUGUCAUUUUCUUGGAUCGGAUGAGUCGGCAUCUUUGCAAAAUACAAAAGGGUGAUAUUGUCGUUGCAAAAAGCCUGUUCGACCCCAAUAUGAAUAUUUGCAAAAGGGUCAUUGCAUUGGAAGGUGAUAAAGUCUCCACAAGUGGUCCAUCAGAUCUUUUCAAGACCCACACAUUUGUCCCAUUAGGCCACGUAUGGCUAGAAGGGGAUAACCUUACGAACUCGACUGACUCAAGGAGCUAUGGCCCGAUUCCCUAUGCUCUCAUUCGAGGGCGUGUUUGCUUGAAGCUCUGGCCUCCGCAUAAUUUUGGGACCCUCAGUGAAAGUCCGACCAGACGGAUCAUUGAAGAUCAGAAUGAUUAUGAUUCAGACUGACACUUACUUUAUGGAUGCACAAUAAUCUGCCUGGCUUUCUCUCAUUUUUAAAUAAAGUAUUUAUAUAUAUUAAAAACAUAUGGAUUGCCAAGUAAUUCAUUCAAUCCCAUCUCAUUAAUUUUAUUUCGAACACAAUAUUAAAAAUAUUCUCCGUCAAUAUAAUUUCAAACAGAAUAGCACUAUAAUAAAAUAAUGGAGUCAUCUAGAAAAAAAAUACAUAUAUAUAAUGAAAAAGAAGAUAAAAUGAAAGAAUGUGCCCAGAAAGAAGCAGGAAGAAGCAAAAGUGUAUGACCUACAAUGGCUACUCAGACUGACCGAUAAUCUCAACGGGUAAAGAAAUCCUUGUAGAACACUGCAUAGACAAAAAAUAAUAAUAAUCAUACUUAAAAAAAACUAACAUAUUUCUAUACUGUACUAAAAAAAUUGUAUGUAUCUAUUUUUUGUACACGUCAACUUUUAAAAUAAAUCUCCCCAAGAAACAAUUUUUUGGAGUACAUUUAAAUUUAAAACAUUUGUAUGCAUACACAACACUAAAGACCUUUAGUACAUCAGUAUGUGACAUUAAAUUAUGGAUUUGAAUAAGCAAAGAAGUCAAACAACGUACUAAUAGGAUCCCGUUUAAGAAACCGUUCAAACUCAAAAGUGUUUACAAAGUAUAAGGAAGAAGAAUCUUGAUAAACAUCUUAUUUAUCACUUUAUGUAAAUCUCAAUUUGUAAACAACUAUUUAUUCAUGAGAACAUUAUUGGUUAUUUAUUUUAUUUGUUUGUGUUACAAGUUGAGCACAGGAAGAGAAUAAACAAAUGUGUUACAAAUGGCUAUACAUUGGAAAAGGGGUAGGAUUAAAUACCUGUAAACUCUGCUUCUUCUUUCUCAGACAUGUUUUAAUGAGAAACUAGAAAUAUGUGAUGUACCAUAUUGUAACUGUAUGCAUUUUCAAAAUAAAUCAAAACCAAA